GCACAGGUGAGACUGCAGCUGUGGACACGCGAUGCUCAGCUGCAGGUGAGMACUCUGCCUCGUGCUGCUGCUUCUUCCUUCACGAACAGGCAACGUGCUUUAUUAUUUUGAUUCUUUUUUUCCCUUUUUGCGCUCCUUCCAGUGCUCAUCAUUUGUAAUCUGCUCAUCAUAAACAAAGACAGUCAUGGCACCAAGACCAGAAGAGGGGACUCAGUCCACUCCCACUAUAAAUGACCAGAGUCAGAGUAAGGAUGAGGCGCUCCCACCAGCUUACUCCACCUUGGACCUGGUGAGCGAGGAGCCUGCUGAGGAGGACCCCUGGGAUCUGCCAGAACUCAAAGACACAGGGGUGAAGUGGUCAGAUUUGGACACAGGAGGAAAGAUAAAGAGAGUUCUGACUGCUAUUGUGAAGUUGAUUCUGCUGCUUGGAUUACUCUACCUGUUUAUUUGCUCCCUGGAUAUUCUCAGCUCAGCGUUCCAGCUGGUGGGAGGUAAAGCUGCUGGGGACAUCUUCCAGGAUAAUGCUGUGUUGUCCAACCCUGUGGCCGGGCUGGUGAUCGGGGUGUUAGUCACAGUGCUGGUGCAGAGUUCCAGCACCUCCUCUUCUAUUGUGGUCAGCAUGGUGUCCUCUGGAUUGCUGGAUGUCAAAUCUGCUGUACCAAUCAUCAUGGGAGCCAACAUUGGAACAUCUGUCACCAACACCAUCGUGGCAGUGAUGCAGGCAGGAGACAGGAACGAGUUCCGCAGAGCGUUCGCUGGUGCUACGGUUCAUGAUUUCUUCAACUGGCUGUCGGUUCUGAUUCUUCUGCCCGUGGAGGCGGCCUCAGGUGUCCUGUACAAACUCACCCUCCUCCUGGUCGAAUCUUUUAACAUCCAGACUGGAGAGGACGCCCCCGAUCUGCUGAAUGUCAUCACAGACCCCCUCACCGACUCUAUCAUCCAGCUGGACAAGUCUGUUAUCACAGGCAUUGCAACAGGUGACCCCACUGCACGAAACAAGAGUCUGAUCAAGAAGUGGUGCAAAAAAGAGACAAACACGACUUUUUGGAACGCCACAGUGGAAAGUUGCCCCGCUGGUGCUGUGUGUUGGGUGGAGGGAAACCAGACCUGGACCGAGAUGAACUCGACUUGGACUGAAUACCUAGAAAAAUGCAAACAUCUCUUUGUCGACGCUAAUCUGCCAGAUUUAGCCGUAGGCCUCAUUCUCCUGGCUCUGUCUCUGCUCGUUCUCUGCACCUGCCUCAUCCUCAUUGUCAAGCUGCUCAACUCCAUGCUGAAGGGACAGGUGGCUUUGGUCAUCAAGAAAGUGCUCAACACAGACUUCCCCUUCCCUUUUGCUUGGGUUACUGGCUACAUUGCWAUUUUAGUCGGAGCAGGAAUGACAUUUAUCGUUCAGAGUAGCUCCGUCUUCACCUCAGCUAUAACACCUCUUGUUGGUAUUGGUGUCAUUAGUCUAGAGCGGGCCUAUCCUCUUACACUGGGGUCCAACAUCGGAACAACAACCACAGCCAUACUUGCUGCUAUGGCUAGUCCCGGAGAUACACUAGCCAACUCCCUGCAGAUUGCACUUUGUCACUUCUUCUUCAACAUCAUGGGCAUCAUUCUUUGGUAUCCAUUCCCCUUCACACGGUUGCCCAUCAGACUGGCCAGAGGUCUGGGGAAUAAAACAGCCAAAUACCGCUGGUUUGCUGCCCUCUACCUUUUCCUGUGUUUCCUUGUUCUCCCGCUGACUGUAUUUGGCUUGUCUCUGGCUGGCUGGCAAGUCCUGGUCGGCGUUGGCGUGCCUAUCGCAGUGCUGGCUAUCUUUGUGAUCGUCACCAACGUGAUGCAGUCUAAAUGCCCGCACUACCUUCCUAAGGUCCUGCGCAGCUGGGACUUUCUGCCCCGACCCCUGCACUCCAUGGCACCGUGGGACAAGGUUGUCACCUCUUCCAUGCUGUUUUGCAGCAGACACUGCUGCUGCUGCUGCAGAUGCAGCAACUGUUGCAAUAAACGCGAUGAGGAGGAAAAGAUCACCGGAAGCAGCAGGAAAAAUCUGGAGAUGUACGAUAACCCGGCCAUGUCAACAGAAGAGGACUCAGAUGAUGUUAAAGCAACUCAGUUUUAAAAUAAUGAAGUUUAGUUUAUGCACAUGCAUGAUGUAAUGCAACAAUGUACUGUAAUUGUACAUCACUUCUCAGGUUUCGGRGUUGAUUGUUCACUAAGUACUGUAGUGUACCAUGUAUUGCCAUGCUGGAGAGUAUGAAGUCAACUGUCUCACAUAUUCUCRCAAACCUGUUGUCUGUAGAUUUCUUUGUGUUUUAUUGUACAGAUGUAUUUCUGCUUUCACUUUCUAUUUAAAACUAUGUAAUAUUUGUAAAUAAAAACAAAUUACUAUUUUUAAA